GAGUGUUUAUACUCGAGGAGGCGGAGCUUCCAUCCAGAGAGUUGCUUCGGUGAGGCUCUGUGGCGUGUGUUCAGGGAAGUGUCAGGCGUAUUUAAACCUCUUCAAGCCUUUACCAAACCAUUCAGACUUGCACGAUGAAUAACCUUAUUAGGUCGACAGCUCGGUGUCUUCGAUCGAGCGCGUGGCAGUACAGAACAGCUCAGACUAAUGGAGAGCUGCUGUCUGGUUGGGCCCGCCUCAUGUGCUCCUCCUCAGCGGUCCAGAAGAACCUGGAGGAGAUAGUGAAAAAGGACAAAGUGGUGGUUUUCAUGAAAGGCACCCCCGCACAGCCUAUGUGCGGCUUCAGCAACGCCGUCGUCCAGAUACUGAGAAUGCACGGGGUCGACAGCUAUGCGGCUUAUAACGUGUUGGAUGACCAGGAUAUUAGACAAGGAAUAAAGACUUUCUCCAACUGGCCGACCAUUCCACAGGUGUACUUCAAUGGUGAGUUUGUUGGUGGCUGCGAUAUUCUUCUUCAGAUGCAUCAGAGUGGAGAUCUGGUGGAGGAACUUCAGAAGUUGGGAAUCAGAUCAGCUCUUCUCGAUCAAGAAAAAGAGUCCAAGUAGGAGUCUUGUUAGCAAAGACGAGUCUUUGGGAUGAUUGUCCAUUGAUGUAAACCUCCCAAAGGUUGGCUUGAGAAUGGGGACUUGACCUGCUGAAGUCCAAACUGUCCUGAGAUGACUGAAGGAAGUGAUGUCAACCUCCCAAAUUCUGAAAAAUCACUGUAAAACACUUGACAUAGAAUUACCGUAUUACAAACGAUGAUUGCAUUUCUAUUGCGUUUAUUUCAGAUACUCUAAUGUUAGACCACUGCAUAUUUAAAAUGUUGAAUUUUCAAUUAUAUUAUUAAAUGUAUUUUAGAUGUAUAUCAUUUUUUGUCAAUAAAAUAUUUUAAAGCA